AUAUCGUUUUGACAAUGUUUAAGAUUGCUUCUCUUUCGUUUGUGCUAAUUCCGUUUAUUUUUUGUUUUGUGGCGACUGAAGAAAUAGAAAAAGAAGAAAUGAUUUCUGAUAAGUACGAUGAUCUCGAUUUUCAGACGAUCCUGGAAAAUCCAAGAUUAAGGGAUCAAUAUUAUAAUUGUUUCAUGGAACUUGGGCCGUGUUCAACUCCAGACAAAAAAUUCUUCAAGGAACUCCUACCGGAAGUUUUCCAGACCGAGUGCAGAAGAUGCAACGACAAACAGAAGGCAGCAAUAGAUCAAAUAGCAGAUUUUUACGUAAAAAGAUUUCCGGACAAAUGGGAGGCCUUCAUCCGGAAAUUCGUUAUAGAACCAGCCCGUUUAAAUAAAAAUUAAUAAGCAUUUGGUUUUAAUCAAGGAUCUAGAAGGUUAAUUAGAAACUGUCGUCCAAAAAUUAAUUGUAGAACCAUCUGGCUUGAAUAAAAUGAAAGGACUAAAAAAAAAUUUUAAAUAGUUA